AUGAAAACUACCAAAGCAACCUUGGGAACCUUCAGCCAGUCCAUUUCAGAAGAUUUGCUUCCAAAAACCUUUCAAGAUGCUAUCAGAAUUACCCGUUCACUCGGGAUUCCGUACUUGUGGAUAGAUUCCCUUUGUAUUGUUCAAGAUGAUCCUGAGGAUUGGCAAGAGGAGGCAUCAAAAAUGAAAGAUGUCUAUGCAGGGAGUAUUCUCACAAUUGCAGCGAGUGAUGGCGAAGAUAGCCAUUGGGGUUGCUUGCCCAAUGAUGAACAUAGUAUAGAGGUUGUUCCCGGUGAAUAUUCGAACAAGACAAGAUCUUCGGGAAAGCAGGGCUUGAAACCAAAUACGCCAGAGGUAGAUGUUCGAGUAUACUCUUUUGACAUGGGGGAAAACUCGACCCGUUCCAGGAAGCACGCAAUGGUCCGACUGCAAGGUCUAUCCCCCCAUAGUGCACGACGAAGGGCGCACCUCAGUACCCGAGGAUGGGUACUGCAGGAGCAAAUAUUGUCACGCCGAACCAUACACUGCAUGGACAAUGAGGUCCACUGGCAAUGUAGAUGUUUAUACCAUACCCAAUCCGGUCAGAUAUUCCAUGGAGACGGUUCCGAAUAUGGUUUUGGUCUGCAUCAGGAGACAACUGUUCCCACAACUCUCCAAAUGUGGCCAAAAUGGGCUGAAGAUUAUUCUAGAAGAAGCUUCACCAUCCUAACAGACCGAAUACCAGCUUACGCCGGAAUCACAAAGUAUUACCAGAGCAUUAUGGGCCAAGAACCCUUGUUAGGGAUACGUCAGGAUUCACUUGCUAAGGAUCUUUCUUGGCUCAGAGCGGGCCCCGAACGAGGAACAAUAGGAAUCAGUCUCCCUUCAUGGACCUGGCUGUCAUGCAAUGCCCCUUUGUGGAUAGAUCGCUGGGGUUAUGAGAAAGAAAAGGAGGAAGAUAUCGAAGACCACGCAUUUCCGGUAACUUUCCACGUUAAAUGGACUGGUCCAUCAAUGACUUCGUCUCUUGAGUCAACAAAACUCAUUUUACAAGGGCCAGUCAAAAAGCUUAGUCUUCGAUUAGCUCCCGAGACAAAAGACUUCAACCCGCCUUAUUUUCUCGUGGGCCAUGAGGAGACAGACUUUUCCAAGCAUCCUUUACCCUGGAAUUGUUCUGGACAAUUUGACAAAGAAGGCUGUUUCGGCAACCCAAGCGUUGCAUACACCUGUCUAUUACUUAGGUCAAGGAGGAGGAAGUCGGUGAAAGGACACAAAGAAACUUUUUUGCUAUUGGAGGAAUCGGGCGAAAGACCGAAUAACCCAAAAAUUGAUGUUGAUGGGCAUUUGAGCUUUCGACGGGUUGGAAUUGCAAUGAUCAGGGGAAGUGAACGCACAUUUCAUGAUGCUGAAACGAUGGUUUUGGAACUCGUUUAG